AUGGCUUCUUCCGCUGGGACAGCGCAUUCCCGGGCCAUAGCGGCAGUUGUCGUUUCCGUGGUCUUUGAGACUCUGGCCUUAAUCGCCAUGAUUCUGCGCUUUUACUCGCAUCGUUUGCGGAAGCGGAGGAUUGCAGCGCAUGAUUGGGCCUCUGUCGUUGCAUUGAUCUUCUCUAGCGGCUGCGUGGUCCUUGUGAUUACUGCGGUAGCCAAGGGAGGGCUGGGGCAGCAUACCUGGGAGCUCUCCAACCCGACGAUUCAGUUACAGCACUUCGCAAAGAUCUAUGUCGCCAACUCUCCCGUCUGGGCCGGCGCCAUCAGCGCAGUAAAGGUGUCGAUUGUCCUCCUGUACAUUGGUCUCUUCGGCAGCGCCCGAACCAUCCGCUACUGCUGCUAUACAUUAAUCACUCUACAGAUCCUCUGGGGGGCCGCCGUCAUAUUAUCCUCACUGCUGCUGUGCAAGCCCUUGCGGAUGAACUGGGACCCCACCGCCGACGGCCACUGCGGCAGCACUGAGGCCACAUAUCUCGCCCUGCACAUCAUCAAUUUAAUUCUUGACGUGACAGUCGGCCUUCUCCCCGUGCCCGUGCUAUGGAAGCUACAGAUGAAGCGGCGGAAGAAGAUUGAGCUGACGCUGAUGUUUGCGCUGGGAAUAGCGAUCUGUAUCAUCACCGUCUUCCGCGUCAACAUGAUCAACGACCUCGUCAGCACAGACCCCACAUACACGACGACCCCCUUGAUGAUAUUUACGAUCCUCGAGCCCCUGCUCGGAAUCAUCCUCGCCUGCCUGCCGCUGCUCCGUCCGGUAUUCGAGCGUGUCUCCGCGUUUCGGACCUUGCACAGCAGUUGCGACAGCCGCGGCAGCGGUACGUCGACCCCGCAAUUGUUUGGGCAGUCCGGGGAAUCCAAGGCCAAAGCAGAGCGUUACGUGAAGCUGCGUCCCUCGACUUCAACCGCUGGAUUCACGCAUGACAUUAACGGCACCGCCACUAACCGAGGCCAUGGGUAUGAGCUCGACGAGCUUAGGUGUUUAUCAGAGCGAAAUAAACCGUCGAUUCUUGUCAUCGGCUUAGCGGUCAUGCUCUCGCCUAAGAUCUAUGGAGUACGUCCUGGGUAG